AUGAAAGUAGUAAUGCAUGAACUCGACUAUGAUAUGGAUGAUGAUGAUCUUGAAUUCCUCAAAGAAGUAAAUGAAUCUAUGCAAACGAAUCAACAACGAACAAUGACAGAAGAAGAAUUUGAAAAUGCAAUAGUUAUUUUAGAAUACUAUACAGCUGAAAAAAUUCGUUCACAUCUCAAACAAAAAUCCUGUGAAGAUGAAGAUAUUGUGUGUGAUAUAUGUUUGCUACCCGAUGCUGACGAUGGAAAUGAAAUGGUCUUUUGUGAACGUUGUAAUGCGUGUGUACAUCAAAAUUGUUAUGGAAUAUCCGUUGUACCGAAUGGAACAUGGCUUUGUAAAUCAUGUUCAAUUCUAAGACGACCUGCUUGUCUACUUUGUCCAAAACUUGGCGGCCCAAUGAAAUGUACGCCAAGUGGAACUGUUUGGUGUCAUUUAACAUGCGCAUUUUGGUUACCGGAGCUAAAAUUUGCUGAUUAUGUUAAAAUGGAGCCAAUAUUAAAUUUAGAUAAAAUCCCACAUGCACGUUGGACUCUUCGCUGUGUUGUUUGUUCAACAUCAGAAGGUGCUUGCGUGCAAUGUGCACAUAAGAAUUGUCGUACACCGUUUCAUGUUACUUGUGGUCUUUCAGCCGGUUAUUUUCUUGAUGUACAACAAACGUCCUCUGAUAGAACCACAUCGUCACGUUCGCAAUUCAAUGCUUAUUGCCUCAAACAUUCUCAAGAAGCACGACUACGUUCAGAACCAGAUCCAUCAAUCAUUCCAUUAUCGAAUUCAAAUGCUGAAGAUGAAGCUUCAUGUAUACCAACGAUAAUACCUUUAACAGUUUAUUAUCGUCAAAAACUUAAAGCGGAAGAAUGGUUAUUAAAUUGUUAUGAAAAUUUUCAUACAUUUAUUUCAUGCUCCCAUUUAUAUGAUGAAUGUCCACAAGAUUAUAAUGAGUCUGUAUCAACGAAAAUUUAUGACUAUUGGAAAGAAAAACGAAUUGAAAAUAAAAAUCUUCCUCUCAUCAAGCGUAUUGAUAAUGUACUUGAACAACGUGAAAAUGCAGAAUUACUUAUUGCACAAAUAAAUAAUUGUCUCAAAAUACGAAAUAAAAUUCGCCAGCUUCAAAAUUAUUGUAGAUCAAGAUUAUAUACUUCAUCUUCAACACUUAAUCAACGUCUUGAAAAUUUAAAAUUAUCAUUUUCAAAUAGAACUCAGCACAAGAAAUCUUCUUAUUACUAUCAAUUAAUUGAAAAUUCUAAACGUUGUAUUAUUGCAUUAGAAACAAACUAUCGUGAUGCUUUAGAAUUAAAUACAACUUAUCUUGUCGGUAAAACUUUAGAAGGAGAAACAAUGCUAUUACCAAAACAACUUAUGGAACAAGGCGAUGUUAUAACCAUAGGAGAAAACAAUACUAUUGAAAACGAGCCACUCGAUGAAAUAAAUUCGCAUCUAUCUGUUGAACAACGCUCGGACGUCUACAACGAUAAAUAUUUAGAUUUAUCUAAUGAAAUUCAACCAACUUAUCAAAAAGCAUCAGUACAAGAUAUACUAAAAACAUCAUAUAUAUCACUAGGAAAUGUUGUUCGAUGUGUCACAGGGUCUUUUGACUAA